AUGAAUAUUCCAAGAAGAACUCCCGAAUUCCAUUGUGCACAAGGUGUAAGAUCCAAUUCAUCUCCCUUACUGUCUGCACACUCUCGACCACACUCUCAUCAUUACGAACAACAACAACAACAAACUCAAUACAACACUCCUUCGAAAUAUUUCUAUGGCCAAGAAGCUCAACAGCCAAGCUAUAAGGAUGAUGAAUCCAUAUCGGAUGCUUCUACUGUAAGAAGUCAUCAACAAUAUCUCAACGAUCAGCAACAAUCUCCAUCCUCAGUCGAUGGCUCCUAUGCUUCCUCCGAUUCUGUGCCAUCAUCAUUGUUCCGGGAACGAACGCUUUCCCAAUGUUCCGUCAAUGUUUCCCCUCUAAGAACGAAUUUCGAAGAUGUAUUGUCUUCUCCUCCACUCUAUGAAAGAUAUGCAAGCCUUCAAAUUUCAAAGCCCACGAAACAGCUUGUACUGUGGGGAGAGGAUUUCGAUGCCUUACAUUCCAAACAGAAUCAAUCAAGAACAAGGAAAACUAGUGCAGUCUAUCAACAACUGAUCAAUUCAAGCUACAUGAGAAGAUAUAGGAGUGUAGUUUGCGAUUGGUUCUUUGAGAUUCAGUAUGCUGUCUCCAUUCUACAACGAACAGUUCAUGUUGCAACAUUCUACAUGGAUUUGUGCAUGUAUAAAUUGUACUCUGAGAACCGAGUUGUGGGAGGCUCUGCAACUUCUGAAAAUCAUCAUGCCCGUGAAGGCCUCUUCAACAUCAAGCAAUACUUACAGCUCUUAGCUGCAUGCUGUCUGUGGAUCGCUACGAAGAGAGACGAAACCUAUGGAGACUCCAAGCUUAAACUCGACAAUCUGAUUCAGUAUUGUUGCCACAUGUACACCAAGCAAGAGUUUCAACAAAUGGAAAUUUUCGUAUUGGAUUUACUGGAAUGGGAACUUGAAGACACUCCCUCCAUCGAUUUUUUGGAAACCAUGCUAACAGAUAACAGAAACCGAAAUGGUCUCUAUGAAGAUGACUCCUCGAUGAAAGAUGAGGAGGACGUUCAUUUCGUCACAUUCAAGGAAACUGUUAAACAAUAUUCGUCGAUGGUAAUGGAUGCAUCACUGUUGGGAACUCUUUCCAUAAGGCAAUCCAAUGAUUCUUUGGAGCAGCUAAAGAGACACUUCAACAUCAUUGUACCAUGUCAUUUAGAGCAUCAUUUUGAACAUACAUACAUUUCCAUGUGGAUCACCAUGCUUAAUUACCCAAGUUUGAUGGCUCUUUCGUCUCUUCUUUUGGGCCUCUUUCUUUAUCACCAAUACGACGCUCCUUUUGAUUCUGGCCAAAUCAUGUUUGAAAAUCAAUACCAGCCAAGUGUGAACUCUUAUCGAUUGAAUCAACAGUCAGAGUCCUCAACAGAAUUGUUUGAUGAAGUUCUGACUCACUACUGGACCAUCGAUAUGGAAGAACAUGUUGGGUAUACCUUAGAGCAAGUCGCUAUUUGUGCCAGAAUUUUGUACACCUUCUUUCAACGUGAGCAAGAACAUCAGAAUCAGGAGGCAAUGAAUGAAGAUCAGUCAUUGCAUGCAUCUUCCCAAGCUCACUGUAGUCUACAAUCACAACAACAUGAAAUCACUACUGUUCAUCAUCACGAAUCUCACCAUGUGCGUGGAUUGGAUCCGUGCUAUGAUUUGGUUUGUGACGAGCAAUUGUAA